AUGGGGAGGGUUAAGUUAAAGAUAAAGAGAUUAGAGAGCACUAGCAAUCAACAAGUGACCUAUUUGAGAAGAAGGAAUGGAAUCUUGAAGAAAGCUAAAGAAUUAUUCAUAUUAUGUGACAUUGACAUUGUCCUUCUCAUGUUUUGUCCAACUGGAAAGGCAACAUUAUUCCGCAGAGAGCGCAGCAACAUUCAAGAGGUUAUUACAAAAUUCGCUCAACUGACACCACAAGAAAGGACAAAAAGCUCAUUGGAGAGCCUUGAAGCACCGAAGAAAACCUUUAAGAAGUUGGACCAUGAUGUAAAUAUACAAGACUUUUUGGGUUCAAGCACUCAAUGAAUUGAGGAAUUAUCCAACCAAUUGAGGAUGAUGCGAGCUCAACUUACAGAAGCACACAAGAGACUGAGGUGCAACUUUGAAGCUCAUAUUUGUUAAAGUAUUACCUUCCCUCCCCCUCCCCCCUUUUGUUUUUGGUCUUGUGAAUCAUAAAAUUUGCAUGAUAUAGUUAUGCCUCGAAAAGCCCAAUCAAUUAAAUUUUGCAAUAUAAUUUUGUCUACAUUGUUUUGUUCUAGGUUAAGAUAAACUUAAUACAAUGUUUAUAGA